UGGGGAAAGGAAAUGACUACGGAAGCGAGAUCUUCUCAAGGCGUGGGCUAAGGAACGGCGUCCUUCACUGACAUCGCUGCAAGGUCCAAGACAUUGUCUGAAAGGUCAUAGAGACGUGCCAAGAAGAGAAACUACCCACAGGUUUAACACAAAAGAGUCGGCGAGAAGACCACAUGGUCUGUUGGGCUACAGCAGUGGCUUUUUAUCUCCGUCAAAAUUUGCAGUCAGGAUGAGGCAACCACUAUGAAGUCUCAAUACUCAAACACCGUUACCUCCUUACACAGAGUAAUGACUGCCCAAUAUAGUCCUCGUAAGUUGCACCAAUGAUAAGAUUUCAAGACUUUAUCAACCGGUCGUUCUCCAGUAUCAAGCUACAAAAUAUUAUAUAGCGUAAUGGACGCCAUGGUGGAACGUAUACUACAAGCUUGGGCUGCCAACACCACAACUGUCCUCCCCUCUCCCAACCCACUGGAUGCAGUAGCCAUGAACGAUUCCACAGAGAUAGAAGCUGCCGUAGACUCGUUCCUCGAGGACCCCACCAAUACCACAUUCUCUGUUGGAAACGACACCGGGAUGGGGUUCUUCUACCAGCCUGAAGUUGACAUCGCCAUCCCCAUCGUCUAUUCCGUGGUGUGCAUCCUGGGGCUGAUCGGGAACUCGCUCGUCAUCUCAGUCAUACUGCGGUUUGAGAAGAUGAAGACAAUCGCCAACAUCUACAUCCUUAACCUGGCCAUCGCUGAUGAGCUCUUCAUGCUGUCCCUGCCGUUCUUCGUGGUGUCCAUCCUGCUGGAGGACUGGCCGUUUGGUGACGUCAUGUGCAGGGUGGUACUGACUGUGGACGCCAUGAACAUGUUUACCAGCUGCUGCUGUAUAACGGCUAUGAGUGUAGACCGUUACCUGGCCAUCGUGCACCCCAUGAAGUCCCUCCGAUGGCGGACGCCGUGCCGUGCCAAGCUCACCUGCCUCUGCAUCUGGCUGGCCUCCUGUGCCAUCAUCUGCCCCGUGCCGUACUUUGCUGGAGUGGAGGCAUUCGUAGAUACUACGGGAUGCAUGCUGCAAUGGCCCGGUGACAGUUGGGCCCGAGCCUGGAUUGUCUACUGCAUCAUCCUGGGUUUCCUCCUGCCGGUGGUGGUCAUCACCAUCUGCUCCGUGAAGAUCGCGAAGGCUCUGGGCCGACAGGCCAACCAGCUCAUCUUCGAGGGAGACGUGAAGUUAUCCGCCUCGAGAAGACAACAGGAAGCAAGGAGAAAGCACAAGGUGACGAAGAUGAUCCUGGCGGUGAUCGUGACGUUUGUUGUCUGCUGGUUGCCAUUCUACGUCGGACAAAUCGUCAACCUUGUCGCCAAGCUGCCUCCGACCACACUACUCAUGGGAGUCUACAACUUCAUUCUCUGCUUGAGCUACGUCAACAGCUGCGUGAACCCCUUCAUCUACUUCCUGGUCAGCGACAGUUUCCGGAAGAAUGUCAAGUACAUCUGCAGUCCCCGAGGAGCCGAACUCAGCCGAACCAAUACGGAGAUGCUGAACAACAGUUUCCGCGCCACGGCUCGUAGAAGAGGCACCCUACCGGCCCAGAUCGGGCAGCACAGAAUCGACAGUCUCAACACAGCUAAGGGCCACAGCAUGCCGGACGUCAAGCGGAUAGUGAGGGCGACAGACCGCCACAAGCCAAGUGUUUGAACUCUUGAAAGCAGUCAAUAACAUACCGUAUAAGGCUUCGGUCACAAUUUCACCAGUGACCGCAGUCUGUAUAACACAAACUCCGCUGUCCAGGGCUGUAACUGGCCCCUCCCCGGGGCCGGCGGAUGUUUGGCGGGCUGCUAUAAGCGAGAUUUAAUCAGGCUAAAAUUUGUCCUGAUGGACUGGCGGGGUACCUUUAGGUGAUGUCACGCGGGUAGCUCACGGCGUCUAUUUGUUGCCGGUUCACGGGCUGAUUUUAAUUCCGAGUUUACAAAGAAAUCCGGGGCCCGGCCUGACCCAAAUAUAGCCACAGGGUGUCAAACGACGACACAUCCGA